UUUGCUGUAUCAAUCAAAGCUCACCUCAAUUAUUACUUUAUGUGCUACUGAUGUGUUAGGCAGAAGAGAAUCUCUCUCUCUCCCUGUAUGCAUGUCUUUUAUUAUCCACACUAACUAUACAUCCUCCCCACCUCUCUCUCCCUCUCUCUGUCCCUGCAACUCUUCUUCUCCUUCAUCCUAACAUUCUCCAUAUUUUCACCAUGUCCAAGCUCGUAGUCGAAGUUCUCAAUGCGAGCGAGCUGAUGUCGAAGGAUGGACAAGGCUCAGCAAACCCUUAUGUGGAAGUGGAAUUUGAUGGCCAAAUCCAGAGAACACAAACUAAGCCCAAAGACCUUAAUCCCCAGUGGAACGAGAAGCUUGUCUUCAACUUCGGCAAUCCAGUAGAGCUCCAGAACAAGACCAUUGAUGUUGUUGUUGUACACGAUACACAGGGCGGCGGCCACCAUAAGAACUUCCUCGGUCGAGUCCGAAUCUCCAGCUUCAUGGUUCCGUUCUCCGAGUCGGAGGCAUUAGUCCAAAGAUACCCGCUUGAGAAGAGAGGCUUCUUCUCUCACAUUAGUGGUGAUUUGGCCCUUAGAGCCUAUGCCGUAACCAGUGGCAACUUCUACAACCUCCCGCCACAAGAUAGCCUCCCGACACAAGAUGUCCCCGCUAAAAUGCCGGAGACGCCCCCGAAGCAGGUUGGUUUCAAUGAGAAGAAAAAGACGAAGAAGGAAAAGGAAGUGAGGACCUUCCACUCCAUCGGAACAGCUGCCCCAGGGCCGGCGCUCAGGGCCCACCACGAGUUCAGGGAGAGGCCGGAAAAUGUGGAAGUCCGGGCAGAUUUUGCCCAGGCAGGCCCACCUCAGUCUAUGAUGAUGCGAAUGCGUGGACCUGGGCAGAAUCCGGAGUUUGGAUUGGUCGAAACUAGACCGCCUGUGGCUGCUCGGACGAGAUACCGUGGAGGGGAUAAGACCGCGAGCACAUAUGAUCUCGUGGAGAGGAUGUUCUAUCUCUAUGUGAGUGUUGUCAAGGCCAAGGAUCUGCCCGCGAUGGACGUGUCGGGGAGCCUCGACCCUUACGUGGAGGUGAAGUUAGGUAACUACAAAGGAGUAACGAAGCACUUGGAGAAGAACCAGAACCCCAAAUGGAAUCAGAUCUUUGCAUUCUCUAAGGAGAGGCUGCAGUCGAACUUCCUGGAAGUUACAGUCAAGGACAAGGACCUGGGGAAGGAUGACUUCGUCGGGAGGUACGUUUUCGACAUCAACGAGGUCCCGACCCGGGUGCCGCCCGAUAGCCCUCUGGCACCUCAGUGGUACAAGCUGGAGAGCAAGAGGGGGGAGAAGAACAGGGGAGAGAUAAUGCUCGCGAUUUGGAUCGGAACCCAGGCCGAUGAGGCAUUCCCAGAGGCUUGGCACUCAGAUGCUCACAACUUAAGCCACCAAAACCUAUCAAACACGAGAUCAAAGGUCUAUUUCUCCCCUAAGUUGUACUACCUUCGGGUCCAAGUAAUUCAGGCCCAGGAUCUAGUCCCUUCGGACAGGACCCGGGGAGUACUGGAUUCUUAUGUUAAGGUCCAGCUCGGGAAUCAGCUCCGGGUUACUAGGCCUUCCCAGGUCAAGACAAUCAACCCAAUUUUCCAUGACGAGCUUAUGUUUGUGGCAUCGGAGCCAUUUGAGGACUUCCUGAUACUGUCAGUUGAUGAGAGGCUGGGACCAGGGAAGGAUGAGAGCCUGGGGAGGAUGAUAAUACCGGUAAGAGAUAUACCUCAGAGACACGAGAUAAGCAAGCUCCCCGAUCCUCGGUGGUUCAAUCUCCACAAGCCCUCUUCGGGAUCAGAGGAGGAGAAGAAGAAGGAGGCGAAGUUCUCGAGCAAGAUUUGCCUCGGGCUCUGCUUGGAGUCGGGUUACCAUGUUCUUGAUGAGUCAACGUACUUUAGCAGCGAUUUUCAGUCCUCAUCGAAGUUCCUCAGGAAGCCGAGCAUUGGCAUUCUCGAGCUUGGGAUUCUGAGUGCAAAGAACUUGCUCCCGAUGAAGGGCAGAGAAGGUAAGACAACAGAUGCCUAUUGCGUGGCUAAGUACGGGAACAAGUGGGUUCGCACCAGAACGCUCCUGGACACAUUGCAUCCUCGAUGGAACGAGCAAUACACAUGGGAAGUCCACGACCCAUGUACAGUGAUCACUAUUGGUGUCUUUGAUAACAACCACAUUAAUGGGAAGGAUGAGAUGCGAGAUCAGAGGAUUGGGAAGGUGAGGAUAAGGCUCUCGACUCUAGAGACAAAUCGGGUCUAUACGCAUUAUUACCCCCUCCUGGUUCUCCAACCAUCAGGGUUGAGGAAGCAAGGGGAGCUCCAUCUGGCGAUAAGGUUCACUUGCACCGCUUGGGUGAACAUGGUAACUCAGUACGGGAAGCCACUCCUACCGAAGAUGCACUAUGCCCAGCCAAUCCCACUCCGUCAUGUAGAUUUGCUUCGGCACCAAGCAAUGCAGAUCGUAGCAGCUCGGCUGGGCAGGGCCGAGCCGCCUCUCCGCCGAGAGGUGGUGGAAUACAUGCUUGAUGUGGAUUACAACAUGUUCAGCCUGAGGAGGAGCAAGGCAAAUUUUUACCGAGUGAUGUCCCUUCUCUCAGGGGUCACCGGGAUCUGCAAGUGGUACAACGAUGUCUGCUACUGGAAGAAUCCGAUAACUACUUGUCUUGUGCAUGUCCUGUUCCUGAUACUCGUAUGCUUUCCAGAGCUUAUCCUGCCCACGGUGUUCCUAUACCUGUCUGUGAUCGGGAUUUGGAAUUACCGGUUUCGGCCAAGAAGCCCGCCCCAUAUGGAUGCGAGGCUUUCCCAGGCAGAGUGGGCCCACCCUGAUGAGCUCGACGAGGAGUUUGACACCUUCCCCACAUCGAGGCCUGCAGACAUCGUACGAAUGAGGUAUGAUCGACUCAGGAGCGUGGCCGGACGGGUCCAGACAGUUGUUGGUGACCUCGCGACACAGGGAGAGAGGGUCCAAGGCUUGCUAGGAUGGCGGGACCCAAGGGCCACAGCAAUUUUCAUCCUCUUCUCGCUGAUCUGGGCUAUUUUCAUCUACGUUACUCCAUUCCAGGUUGUGGCGAUUUUGGUCGGAGUAUACAUGCUCAGGCAUCCUCGGUUCCGGAGUAAGAUGCCUUCGGUCCCAGUGAAUUUCUUCAAGAGAAUGCCAUCAAAGACGGACAUGCUCCUAUAGAGAGUUCUGAAUCAUCUCCAGUUCAGCGUGCCUACUCGGUUCUAGUAAAUAAGGGAUGCUUUGAACAGAGCUGAUAAAAAAAAAAAAAACACCAUGACUCGCACCGGCGAAAGAA